UUUUAAAUAUGUCUCUAAAUCAAAGAAGGUCCUGGAUCCACUUCUUUGUCCAGAUCUGAGUCAUAAGAGAUCUUCCUUGGUCCAUGUCUCAUCCGUCCAAGUUUUGUGAAAACAUCAGACUAGAAAAGCACAAAAUCUACUCAAUCCAUUUAACAUUUGUUUUGCUCCAUGGUUCUGUUUUGUCGUUGGUCAGUUUCUUUUUGAGAACGAUCGCAUGGAGAACAUAUUCAGUGACGUGAUCUACAGCCAGUUCAACACUGAGUUCACCAAGAUCCUCCAACAUCUCAAACCCUCAGUCCCAGCUGCUGGUUACGUCCAGUCCCGUGUGGAGGAGGAGUUUCUUUGGGACUGUAAACAGUUGGGGGCGUACUCCCCCAUCGUCCUCCUCAACAGCCUACUCUUCUUCUGCUGCAAGUUCUUUGGCUUCACCACAGUGGAGCAGCACCGCCAGCUGUCCUUCACCCAGCUCACCUGCUGCACCAGAACCAACAUGAACCACACCCGGACCACUUCCCUGCGCUUCUACCCGCCCACAUCCACUGAAGCUCAGCCAGACGGAGUUCCUGCUAAAAAACGCAAGAAAGACAACGUGGAGAAUGUCCUGGAGAUGAUGGAGAACCUGGAGAACCCGCUCCACUGCCCGGUCAGACUCUAUGAGUUCUACCUCUCCAAGUGGUGA